CCAAAAAGCUUGACAAAAAAAUAAUAACCAAAAAGCUUCGAACAUAACGCGACUGCGUUAGCGACAAAGACUGAGCGUUUAGUAGGGGUCUCUAUAAACCCUUUACUUUUAAGGGCUCCAUAUUUUCCAAACUUGGAAACAUAAAGAUCCCUAAAAAGAAAAGAAAAAAACCCCAUUUCUCAGCCUCCACUGAAUAUGAGUGAGAAGCUCGUUUUCAGAAGCAACGGUGGUGGUGGUGGCGGCGGCGGAGACCGUUACUUCCAUGGAGAGUAUCUGGAGAAGAGACAGCUGUUUCUCAGGAGCUACCAGUUCUCCAGGAAACAGAGCUUCAGGGAGAAGGUUACUAGAUCUGUUAGGAGAGUGAAGAGGUUUGUGUGGACACAGCUGAGAUCAACGAGGAAGUUGAAACGCGUUUUCUGGUCUCGACUCAGAUCGGCGUUUUUCUUCCGCCGCAGACGCUUUUUCCGUCUCCUUCAUUUACACCAAGACGAACCUUAUUACAACUGCUUCUAAAAAGGUUUUAGAGAGAUUUGGGAAAACGCUUGAGUCAGUUGUGUGAUUGUUCCGUUCUUUGAUUAUGUUUUUGCUUUUUGCUCAAAUAAAUCAUUGUAUAAUCUCCGUUAAUCAGAUGAUUAGUAAGCUUAAUCGAAGUUUUAGAAUUAUCA